AUGUAUUUAGUUAUUUUAUUUAUUUUUGAUAAACAGGCCACACUCAAAGCAGAUUGUGUAAAUAAACCCUUUGUCCACCGUUGUCAAGAUCUGGUCAGAAUUAUUGAAGAUUUCCCUGCAAAGGAACUUCAUGCUAUCUUCCCAUGGCUAGUAGAGCUGGUCUUUGGCAGCCUGGAUGGCAGUAUAGUGGGCUGGAACCUGAGACAUCUGCAGGAUAGGAUACCUUUGGAGUUUCAGACUGCACUGGAAUUCCUGCAUCCUAAUGGUGCGAUGAUGAAGCUUGUUUAUAAGCUACAAGCAGAGGAAUACAGAUAUGAUUUCCCUGUCUCAUAUCUGCCAGGUCCAGUCCGUGCAUCUAUACAGGAGCGAGUUUUACCUGAAUGUCCUCUGUAUCAUAACAAGAUCCAGUUUCCAACAUCAGGAGGGCUUGGCCUCAAUCUUGCCCUGAACCCUUUUGAGUACUUCAUUUUCCACUUUGCUAUCUGCCUCAUCAGACAUAGAAAUGACACUGAUCACCUGGCCAGCACCUCUCAGAGUGCCUACUUCAUCCUGGUAGAUACAUACCUAAGAUGGUUUCUUCCAACUGAGGGAAAUGUUCCACCUCCUAAUUUCUUGAAUCCUGGUGGAGCUGUGCCAUCACCUGCUCCAAGAUCACCAUCUAUUUCUCUGGCAUCCUAUGGUACUCACCCUAGCCUUCUGAAGAGGCAUAUUUCACAUCAGCAUUUGGUGAAUGCUGACCCUGCAGCCCAAGAAAUCUGGAGGUCAGAGACAUUAUUGCAGAUCUUUGUGGAGAUGUGGCUUCACCAUUACUCUCAUGAAAUGUACCUCAAGAUGCAGUCUCCCCAUGCUAAGCUGGAAGCUCUCCACUACAGGCUUAGUGUAUCCAGCACUUCGUACAUUAGUCCUGGUCUGCCUGGGUCCCUCCAUUCUUACCAAGAAUCUUUUCAACCUUCAGAGGAACAUGUUUUGGUGGUCAGAGUUCUAGUGAAACAUUUGCACACCUUUGCUAAUAGUCUGAGGCCUGAGCAGUUAUCUCCUUCUGCUCACUCCCACACACCAAGCCCACUGGAAGAACUUAAAAGGGUUGUUAUCCCUCGUUUCAUACAGCAGAAGUUAUACAUCUUCCUGCAGCACUGCUUUGGACACUGGCCUCUUGAUGCUUCUUUCAGAGUGGUACUAGAGUUAUGGCUAAGUUAUUUGCAACCAUGGAGAUAUGUUCCAGAAAGAGGAGCGUCACCAACUAGCCACGAGCCACAAAAUCGCAGUGUUGCAGAGAAAUGGACUCCUUUUGUUCAGGAGAAUUUGCUUAUCUACACAAAGCUUUUUCUUCGCUUCUUAAAUCGGGCCAUUCGUAGUGACCUGGUCAACCAAAAGAAUGCUUUUAUGCUCUUCCGAGUAGCCAAAGUCUUCUCUCAGCCUAAUCUGGCAGAGAUGAUACAGAAGGGUGAACAAUUGUUCCAGGAACCAGAACAUGUUAUUCCUCACCGCCAACACAGGCUCCUUAUGUCCCCAAGUCUUGGUGGAAGCUUUCUUUCAUCAUGGCAGCCCUCAAUCCUAGAUACAGCUUUGAAGGUAAAAAGCCAUGUGUACAGCUUGGAGGGACAGGAUUUCCAAUACACACAAAUGUUUGGCACUGAAGCACGGAGUCUGGUUUUACGGCUCGCCCAGAUGAUCAUACAGGCCAAGCAAACUGCCAGGUCCCUCUCUGAUCAGUCCCCAGAUGCUUCAGGCAACCAGUCAUUCUUUUCCUGGUUUGGAAUGAGUCCUACCGAUCUGAACAACACAUAUCCAGGCAAUGACAUUGAUGAGGUUGGGUAUGACAGCAUUAAGAAGACUGACGAACAUUUGGAAAAAGCCCUAGAAUUUCUUUGUCUUAUUUUUAGGAUGAAUUCAGCUCAACUCAGCCAGUUCACAGUAAAAUUGGGAAAUGUGAAGGAUGAGAAUGGGAGAAACCAACUUCCGGACUGUGUACAAACUGACAAUGGUGUGCUCCUUACUGACUUGGGCAGAAAACAGAUAAUAAAUGGAUUGCGCAAGUUUGACAUACAGUACCAGGGAGACCCUGAACUUCAACCAAUCCGCAGCUAUGAAAAUGCUACUCUAGUGCGUCUACUAUACCAACUAUCCCAGGCUUUAAAUUCUAGGUUUGCAGACUCCAUGGAUGCUAUGUGUAAAAGGGAGGACUUCCUGGGAAAGUUUUGCUGUUAUCAUUUAAUCAACAACCCCUCUGCACGGAGAAUGAGCCCUGUGCCAUCACAUAGUGCUUUUCAUCAGACAGAGCCCCGCAUACGUCUCCGAUUCCUUGCCAGCUAUCGUGUUCUGUUCUAUUUGUUCCUCUUUUAUGUUUUAUGUGGCCUGAUAUCUGUGGGACCAGUAGCUGCAACGUUCUUACUUCUGAUUGGCUAUCUUAUCUUUGCUGUGGCAAUGACUGUGUUUACUGAUAAGUGGAAACCACAUCAGGACUGA